AUGGCCACGGAGCUGUUCGCGCCGCAGCGGCUCGACGCGCUCCACCACCUCCGGAGCGACAAAGUGAGGGAGCUCACGGACCACGUCGCGCGGCUGGCGCGCGAGGGCACGCCGGUGAACAUCGGCCGCGUGGCCUUCACGACGAGCCUGAACCUUGUCUCCCGAACCAUCUUCUCCAUCGACCUCACGAGCCUCGGUGACCACGGCCGCUCCAAGGAGUUCCAUGAGGUGAUCACGGGCAUGAUGGAAGGCUUGGGGACCCCCAACGUGUCGGACUUCUUCCCGGUGCUGGCGCCGGCCGACCUGCAGGGCAUGCGCUGGCGGUUGGCGCGGCUGUUUGCACGGCUGCACGCCGUGUUCGACGCCGAGGUGGACCAGAGGCUGCGCGGCCGCGACGCCGGCCAGCCCAGGAAGAACGACUACCUCGACGUGCUGCUCGACUUGGCGGCGAGUGAGGAUCGGAAGGACCUGCUCGACCGUGAGACGCUACGCUCACAUCUUACGGUAAACACAACUUACCUCUGCCUCCAGUACCCCCGGUAA